AUGCAGGGCUGCUACCAUGUACCGGUAGUGCCACCGACCACCGACGACGAUGAAGCCAACAGCAACGACGAGCACGACGCCGACGAAGAGGCGAACGAUGCCGCUGAGCUGGACGAUGAGGCCGAAGCGGCGGCCAACCAUGCAGCGAAACGCCGAGGCGAAUGCAAAGCGGGCGACCAAGGCGGCCUCUGCUUCGUCGGCCUUUUUGCGUGA